UAUUGAAACCUCCCACCACAUAAAUCAGGAACCUUGAAAUUGAGUCAUCCAACGCUCUCAAAUCUCCCUCAUCCGUUUCCGUUUCCGACGCCGACGACAACAUCAAACCAUACAUGACUUCUUCUGUCACUACACUUCCGACCACCACCGCACCCGCCGGCGGACCAAUUCAAACAGCCAAGAAACUCACCCUCAUCCCUUUAAUCUUUCUCAUUUACUUCGAAGUCGCCGGUGGCCCAUACGGUGAAGAACCAGCAGUCAAAGCAGCCGGACCCUUUUACGCCAUCAUUGGUUUCCUCGUAUUCCCCUUCAUCUGGAGCGUGCCGGAGGCACUCAUCACCGCUGAAUUAUGCACGGCCUUCCCCGGCAACGGCGGUUUCGUAAUCUGGGCAGAUCGAGCUUUCGGUCCCUUUUGGGGAAGUUUAAUGGGUUGGUGGAAACUACUUUCAGGUAUAAUUAACAUCGCAGCUUUCCCUGCUCUCGGCGUUGAUUAUCUCGAGAAACUAUUUCCCAUCUUUGAAGGUGGUUAUCCACGGCGAUUAGCGGUUACUUGUUCAACUCUCUUUCUAUCAUUCCUUAAUUAUCUCGGUCUUACAAUCGUCGGUUACGUCGCUGUAAUCCUAGGAGUGGUUUCUCUUCUUCCAUUUUUAAUCAUGUCUGCGAUUGCGAUUCCGAAAAUCAAACCAAAACGCUGGCUAAAUCGCGGCCAACAUGGGGUAAAGAAGGAUUGGACUCUGUUUUUCAAUACCCUGUUUUGGAAUCUGAAUUUCUGGGAUAACGUUAGUACUCUCGCCGGAGAAGUCGAUAAGCCGCAGAAGACUUUCCCGAAAGCACUCUUCGCCGCUGUCAUCUUCACUUGCGUCGCUUACAUUAUACCGUUACUCGCCGUUACCGGAUCUAUAUCCGUUGAUCAGAAUUUAUGGGAUACUGGGUUCAUGGCUACGGCGGCGGAAAUGAUCGCCGGAAAAUGGCUCAAAAUCUGGCUUGAGAUCGGCGCUGUGUUGUCGGCCAUCGGAUUGUUUGAAGCCCAAUUAAGCAGCAGCGCGUACCAGGUUCUUGGCAUGGCGGAGCUUGCGAUUUUGCCCAAAUUCUUUGGCAAGAGAUCUACAAUCUUCAACACGCCAUGGGUUGGCAUUCUAUUAUCGAUGAUCAUCACUAUAGCCAUGUCCUUCAUGGAAUUUGAGGUCAUUGUGGCAUCGGCCAACUUCCUUUAUGGUUUGGGAAUGAUUUUGGAGUUCUCGGCAUUUCUAUGGUUGAGGAGGAAAUUCCCGGGAAUGAAGCGUCCUUAUAAGGUGCCUUUAGGGUUAUUCGGAUUGACAGUGAUGUGUUUGGUUCCAACGGGGUUCUUAGUCUUGAUCAUGGUCAUUGCGAGUAGACAAGUUUACUUAAUAAGUGGGGUUAUGACUGUGGCGGGCAUAUUAUGGUACUUUUUGAUGAGGUUAUGCAAAUCCAAGAAAUGGCUUAAAUUUAUGGAAGAUGAUGGAAGAGUUGAACUUGAAAAUGAGGGAUGACAUUUUAUAAUGAUCCAUGAAUGGAUUCAAAUUCGAGUAAGUAUUUCCAUGUUAACCUGUCCUACCAAGGCUUCAACAACCAUCUUUUUCUCUCUUUUUUUUUCCCUUUUUCUUUUUUGGAAGUUUGUAGGGUUACAAAAGUGUUGGUGGGAAAAGUAUAAUAAUGUGUUUGUAUAUUUUGGUAUAUUGAUAUUAUUAGUACAAGAUAAUUUC